CAACGCUAUCCUCUUUGUAUUAUACUGCACCAUUGAAUUGGCUUUUCUAAUGAAAUUGAGAGUGGCACGCAAGUAUGGUUGCUUCCUUUGAGAUUCCGACACUAAGAAGUAACAGUGCGUGACCGCUCUACAUACCAAUAGCCAUGUAUGGGUGUAAUCUAUAUUUGUGCACGUGUUGAGCUCGCUCUCGGCCCAUCAUAGCUGCGGCAUUUGCGGAACAUGGGUAAUUCUUACUCGGCGAAAGGGCCUGCGCCAUCGCUCCCGGCUCAGGGCACAAUAUGCAAUGAGUGGACAUCAAAGGAGAAGCGGCAGUGGCUCGAAAAUUAUGAUUUCACGCAACGGUACCGAGAGGCGCUGUCUACGGAUGGGCACUGCGUGACAGCCUGGGACGAUAGGUACCUCAUCAGCAUGGGUGCCGAACCGGAGCAUGUGGCCCAACUGCUGGCGGCUCGUGACGACAUGGUCGCCAGGGCCCGGGUGCCACCACCACAAUCACUAGGCGCCGCCUGCCUGUCACGGACUUUGUGUUGCAACCUCACCUGCUGCCAGGGAAAAUGCAGUGCACGUGUAUUCCCUACACCUAAGCAGCUAUCGACCUUCCCACCUGGAGCCUCCUCAGCUGCUGGAUAUGCCAGCAGGCGCAGUGCUUUUCAACAGCUGCCAGAAGCAGACCGCGCUCGGGAGAGUCCACUUCAGCUGCCACCAGCACGGGGUGGUAAGGAAGAGAAGUUGAAGAACCUUGCCCCAUCCCCGACUGGAUCCUGCAUUCCUGCCUGUUGUGGAGGGGGCAACAGCAACCUCGUGUGGCCUGAGCCUCAAUCUGGGCCUCAGCCUGAGAUGAGGCAACCCCCAACGAACGACCCUGACAGCCACAGUCCUCUACCAUGGACAGAAGGGGAUAACAGCGGAACUGAGGACACGGCGCUCCAAUUGACGACAACAGUUUCGGCGCCUGGUGUUGUCCCUCCACUUCAGGAGCCAUCUGGCGAGCAGCAAACAUCACCUGAUACCUCAACCAAGCAUUGGAUUUGGGACGCGCUGGAGAAGGGAGUGCACGCAGCGUCUGGCCUUUUACAGGCCAUAGCGCCCAUGAUUCCACACCCCGGCGACAAGGCUGCAAAGGUGCUGAGACAAAUCUUCCUGAUGUUAGAUGGGUGUGUAACUAACAAGAAAAACAUCAUGGAGCUUGCCAAACAUGCAACCGUAAUAUUGGACAUUUUAGACGUGUACAAGUUCAAACCUGUCGACAAGAGGCAAAUGAAACGCGUUGUGGGCGAUUUCGUGAAGCUGCUGGAGGACGUCAAGGAGUACGCAAUCAAACACGAAAAAUCGUGGUUUAUUUGGCGGACACUACGGGAGAGCUCCUACAGGGAGGAAUAUCAGGACUAUGUUGCUAGGUUGGAAACCCUUAAAGGCGAAUUAAUGAUGCUGGUGCAGAUGGACACCAACAUUAUGGUCCACAAAGACAACGAUAUGUUUCGGGAGGCUGUUCGACGCUUUAUCGAGUCCCCACAGUACACGGACCCUGCAGCAGAAGCCAAGAAGCUGGUUAAAGAGCUGGGUGGCAUCGACGCAGUGCAAAAGGACGGGGUGAAGAUGGAGCAGGUCUGCCGCGAACUCGGAAUUUCUGACCAGCUUGAAAUUGCUAUGCUCUUAGAGGUGAAAAGCAAGCUAGCUGAAAUUGAGCUGCGGCUCAAGAUAUCUCAACCCAGCAGCACCGGCUUACCAGUAUAUCAGCGUAUCAAGCAGCCCAUCUUACGCAUCUUUUGGGGGCAGGUGUACGGCAAUGAGUCCCAGGUUCCUUGGCCUGUAUUCUUCAAGGACUUCCCAACCCGCCUAAAGGGCGAGCUGAGCAACCUGAUGGGUGGUGCCACAGUUAUUACAGAGCUUGAGAAGCUGCUCAGCGAGAAGGCAGGCCAGGAUGCAUUCCUUCACGCAGUAGAACGUUAUGACCCUAAUCAUAGUCUCUGCGUGUAUGAGCUGGAGGAGGCCUUCGAUUCGGAGGACCUGCUGCCGCAAGUGGCAUCAAUUGUGGAGAAUGCACGCCUCACACCCAUUGGGGGCGCAUCGGCUACAGCUGCACCAGCUGGUCAUCAAGCCACCACGACUGGCCAACCCUUUCAAGAUGGAAUGACAGCCCCGCAGUUUGAGUGGAACCGCCAGCUGCCACCAGUACCGCCACAAUUCACCAGCCGUGAAGUUGAGGCAGCUGAGAUUAAAGGGCGCCUGCUGACCAGUGGGUCGCUGGUCCUGGUUGGGCCUGAGGGUGUGGGCAAAUCCUGUCUCGCAGCUGACGUGGGCAGGCGCCUUAUGCGGGAAGGAUGCUUACCCGGUGGGGUGCGCUGGGUGCCCCUGGCGAGGGCGCGUAGCGCUAUGGAUGUGAAGAAUCUCUUCUGCAUAGCCCUGGGCAUCCCAUUGGCCAGGCCUGGUGUUCAAGAGCGCAUCCUUAAAGCAAUUCAGAAGCUCGCCGGCAACAAGGGUGGAGACGUCCCGCCGAUGGCUGCGCUGCUUAUAAUAGACCAUGCGGAGGAUGCUUUUCGAGAGCCGGAAGCACAAGAGGUCCUGAUGGGCCUGCUGUCAGAAGUUAGGCAUGAGGCUCGUGCUGUGAGGGUCCUCAUAACAUCAUGCACCUCCCUGAACUGUGAAGACAGCAUACACCAGGUGGCCGCACCAGGCAGCAGAGGCACCAGCAUGCAGCGGCUGGCUCCUCUUGACGAGUACUUUGUCACAGGGUUCAACCCCGCUGUUUCCAGAUCUCAGAUUACGAAGUUAGCUGACCAGGCAGUGGCCGAUAAAGAGGUGGAUGCUGUUGCUGCAGCCUGUCACAACAACCCCCUGGCUCUAAACUUGGUGACUCACGCACUGGCAGCUGGAGUACUCUCAAUUCAGGAGCUGCCCAGCCCAUUUGGACAGGAGCAGCAGCUGCAGCAGCAUACGGAGGCCACAGACAGCGACCAGAUUGACAUUAUCGUGAAGGUUGUCCUGGGCAGGUUGCUUCGAAGAGAGGAGUUCCAGGCACUUGCACAGCUCAGCGUGUUCCCCUCAACCUUUGAUAUUGCCACUGCCACCCACGUGCUUGGAAUUACCAAGCCCAAGGCCGAAAGGCUCCUGCAGGUGCUACAAGGGUACGGUCUGAUUCAGCUCCAGAGCCCCCAGCAAUACAUAAUGCAGUCCUCGGUUAAAUUGCGAGUGGCGCAGCUUGGCGACCCCUUGCUGCUGGCUCAAGCAGAGGAGCGCUUUGCUGUCCGGACUGUUCAGUUGCUACUUGAGCUGGCGGCCAUGUACCAGCGGCCUAACGAGGAACAGUUAGCCAUGUCCAUGGGUACAAGGCAUUGGCCAGACCUUCUAAAGUCCUUCCAGCUGUUGAAUUCCAUGGUCUGUGACAAAACCCCACUACCAAGCCCCCUGAUGCAGAGCCUGAUAGGUGCAGCAGCAGUGCCUGUCACGGCAAUACCCGCUGAAAGCAAUGGCCCAGAUGUGGAGGGGCACGCCAGCUGUGAAGCGCAGCCCUUCCCAGUCCAGCAGAAGGCCGGCGAGCUACAACUCCUGUCAGGGCCUGUUAACAUCCUAGCAAAGGAGCUCGGAAUGCUUCACCUCCUUGAGGAAUCUUGCCAGGCCAUCGUCCAACAGCUUGAUGAUGCAGGUGCAUCGGAUGGCAGUGGGAAAGCGCCAUCACCACUGCAACGUCUUGGUGUGGGUGACAGAGAUCGGCUGGAAGCCAUGGCACUUGCUACGCUGGUGACCAUUCACACCGAUAAGGGGCAGCUGGAGCACGCACAAAAGGAGUUGGACCGCUGUGUGGACAAGGAACGAAGCAUGUUCGAAGGAGGACACAUGGAAGUACCCAUACGUUCAGCAGGGCUCCAGCAGGCGCUGUUGGCGGCCAAGGUGGUGGUCGCUGCUGCCACAGAGCGCCCAGACCUACAGCCACGCAUUCCCAAAACACGUGAAGAGGAGCUGCUUCUUCAGGAGCUCAGAAGGGAUGCUGCCUUCGACUCAGCCAAGAUUGCAGCACUGUUGGCAGACCCAACACUGAACCCCAACAUCCAGCAUGUGGAUGGCAGUACACCUCUUAUGCUUGCAUGCAAGGGUGAGAACGCUGACAUAGUGGAUGCCCUGCUGAAGGCGGGUGCUGACGUUGACGCUGCAAGCGAGGAUGGUGUCACUCCCCUCCACCUUGCCUGUAAAAUGGGUACCUACCGCAUUGUGAAUUCGCUUAUUGAAGCUGGUGCAGAUGUCAACGCUGAGACCGAGAAUGGAAUCAGCCCUUUGUUCAUUGCCUCAUGUGAGGGCAUGUAUGAAGUUGUACACACCCUCAUUGCUGCUGGAUCGGACAUCCAUAAGCGAGAUAAGGGCGGGUGGACAACACUUAUGGCGGCAUGCUCUGCCGGCCUCUCUGGUGUUGCCAAAAGGCUGAUCUACGAAGGGGUAGACAUUCAUGCUAUCUCAAAGGACGGCAAGACAGCCCUGGUGUUGGCUGCUGCGAAGGGUCAUGCCUGUGUUGUACAGAUGCUGCUAAAAGAGGGCGCCUGCAAAGGUGUUUACUCUUUGGAGGGGAGCACAGCGCUCUUGCUGGCGUCCUCUAACGGCUACAAGGACAUAGUGGAGAUGCUGCUGCAAGCCGGCGCUAAACACGACCUGGCUAACUCGGAGGGGAGCACAGCGCUCUUGCUGGCGUCCUCUAACGGCUACAAGGACAUAGUGGAGAUGCUGCUGCAAGCCGGCGCUAAACACGACCUGGCUAACUCGGCAAUCACGGGCCCAGCGCUAGUGGCAGCUUCAGCGAGGGGCCAUUCGGAGGUGGUGUGCGCCUUGAUGAACGCAGGCGCCGAUCCUAACAUAGAAGGCCCGGAUGGUUUGACGCCUCUUCAGGCGGCCGAGAAAGAGGGCAACGAUGGGUUUGUGCGCCUGCUACUGAUGGAUGCCAACCGGCCGCCUGAGGUUGUACAUUCCAUAUUUCACGCCCCUAGUCCGUUAUUUGUAGCAGCUGCGUGUAGUUUUGUAGACGCGUAUAAGUUAAAGCAAGGUUUUGCCUGCAUUUUUGUGCACCAGGCAUCUGCGUCCAUCUAGAACAGCCAAGCGUGCAUGUGCCAAUGGUGAAACGCAUACAAGCCACGGGCUAGAAGCCACCAACAUAUUGAGUGCGCUCUUGCUGGGGGGGGUUGUUAUGAUAAUGUUCAUGUCAGACAAUCAUGCAUACACAUGUAACUGAAAAAUCAGCAUCACCGACAUGCGUCGUCACUCGUCACCCGCCACUCCUCUUACAUCCAGCAACAGCUAAUUAAGCAGCUUUUGAAUUACGGUUCAGGUUUGGUCACCUCUGUUUUUGCCUGUACUCGCGGUUCACAUGCGAACCUCUCCCAAUUGCUUGCUCUUGUCCUACUCAACUACACAUGUAACUGAAAAAUGGAUACACUUUCCCCUUCACUUGCUUGUCACAUGCAGCAGGCUCGCUCCAUUGGUGGCGCAUUCUGUAGGCACAAUGUGGUAUAAACGUCGUGCACUUCAGUAUGGAUCCGUUGCUUGCUGUAUUGUUAUGUCCCGUCAUUAAACAGGCGUUUUUUACAUGCCCAAACAUGCAGGCCGGCACUCGUAGCCCAGCAUCGGAGGACCCUCCCUCGCCCCUCCCGGCCCCCCCGCCCGCCCCCCCAAGUCAAUGGCCGGCUGGCGGCGGUGGUCGCGGUUGGCGCGCUGUCUGCUGGCACUGGGAAAAUAACUACUGCAGGUUUGGAGGCGCCUGUAAUUUCCACCACCCCGAGCCUUGCAAGUUCUUCAACAAAGGCUGGUGCCAGUACGGGGAUGACUGCGCAUAUGACCACGUUUGGUAUGAUGAUACUGAUGAUACUGAUGAUACUGAUGAUGAUGACUAUACAGAUGAUAGUGAUUGGGAUUAGAGGGAGGAGGUUAAUGAGGAUGAUUAGUACAAGGCAUGGCGCCGUGAGCAAUUCCUCCGUGUGUGAACCUACCAUCGAGCUCUGGAGAUUCUGCUUGUACCUGGUGUACCUGCCUGAGUAAGCCUCGUACCUUACUUGUUUUGCAAAAGCCUGGUUCUAGAGCCGGCCUGAAGUUGUUGUCAUAUCCAUGAUCAAGUAGAAGGUAAAGUUUUGCAAAGGCCAUGCCUUCAGGCGCGCGCAAAGGGGUCAGUCAUUUAGGGGUUAAAAUGGGUAAGCAGCUGAGUGUGCCUGUUACGGCAUUCUGGCCUUCAUGCUAGGUUACGGACGGUUACCGCUAGCUGGCGGCUUCUGGCUUCUGGAAGCUCUUACCCAGAUGUCCGUCGCUCUUUCAUGUUGUGUAUGGCUAUGAUGGGACUUCAACGCCGACGGAAGUGAACAUAGCUUUAGAUUGGAUUUCUGUCAAGAUAUUCAACUGAACAAGCGCUUGUUUGAACGGAAACAUGGCCGCGAGGAGACGCACAAUUGCGUGUGCAUGAUCCGGUGUACGUGUGUGGUGAAGUGUGUUCCUCGCGUGGUUAUAUGCUCAUGCCAAGUUGCAGUUACCGCUGGUGGCUUACCGUCCUUGAAGGGGCCUUCCUAGCCUUCCUAAGACACUUCCUGACACGUGUCCUCUUGUAGUGGAUUGAUGCUGUGGUGGUGGAAUUAUCACGCCGAUGGGUGUUUCACUCCCUUAGCUGUCCCAUAGUGUAUGACUUCCAACUAUGUACUUGACAGACGAGUUUGUCGGUGCGUGGUGACAUGUUGUGGUGAAAUGUGCCCCUUGCGUGUGGACAGGGCGACAGCAGUGCCGUGCUGACCCUCGUCGGCCAAUCGUCGGUCACUUAUCCGGCUUGCCUCUGCUCGUUUUUCUCUGCCUAGUAUAAUGUGUUGCCGUUAAUAAAGACCUUGAUGAAUGGGGUGCCGGCGGCUUGGGUGGCGGCUGCGGAGAGGCUCCUUACUUUUUAAGAGCUUGGUCGCCCCAACCACCGCCGGUAACCGAAGUAGAAGAAUGUAUUAGUUCCUCGUUUGGGGUUAAAGGCGUGUCAUCUUGGAUUUGUUCCCUUACGCAACCUUCCCGUUCGGAUGGCCACAAAUCUUUAGCUUGCAGUGCGUUUGAGGACCGUGAUGAUGUGUUACGUGUAGCCGUUAUUCGGGAAGCCAGUAGGUUACUUGACACCCAAGGGCUUCCUGAAGGGGUUUUAGAUAGCCUUCGAUGUUACUUACGGCAGCUCCUCUGGAAUGUUAGGUGAGAAAGCAGUGUCCAGGAGACUUAUUGUGUUGAUCCGUUGCUGAGAUAUUCCUUGCUAGGGAUUCUGCUAGGGUUUCUGAUAUGUCUAAUGCUCGUCCCACGAGGGAUUCUGAUAUGUCUAGUGCCCGUCCUGAUCGUUGUGGCUAUGUUUCUGUCGUCGUGGGGGUUUCUCCCCUGCAGCGCUAUGCAUGUGCUGUCUUUGCAUGCUGCGGUGAUGUGGUUCUUUAGCUUGAGGUCAAGUUGGGUUCGGUGGUCACACGGGCUAUCCUUUGUGGCUAGGAUUACCUCCCAUGGGUGUAAGUGCCGCAGAGUGUUUGGGGUGUUUUGGUUAUGGCCGCCUUGUCUACUAUGGAGGAGGGUCGGAGAGUGUUGCGGGCUCAUGUGCGUGGUGUCGCGGGGGUUGUGGGUUCAUUGACCAGCGGGUUGCCUAGUCUACUGUUUCCUUAUCUUGUGACCAGCUUCGUGGUUUUGCAUGUCUUGGUAAGGUCUUUCCCAUCGGGUGUUGGCAGGGCGGGGUUGGACCUUUGCAGGAUAUGUAUUUCUUGUGGAAGUGAGAGCUAUGUGUCUUUGGUGCCGUGGGCGCCGCUGCACACUGCUAUCUCUGUUUGGGUUUGUUUUCGGGCGGUGCUAGUGUUUAUUACUAUUGCGGUUUCUGGCCUAUGAGGUUUCGGCUCAGCUGUGUGUGUUUGGUGCUUUGCCGUUGUGGGGCUUGAUGAGGUUUGUCGUUUAGAUGGCUAGUACGUAUCAUUGGGUGGAGCCCCCACCGCGAGGCCCCCCAACCUAAGAUUGCCCACGUCCGUGUGUCCGUCCGUCCGUGUAUCUAUAACGGUAACGGCAAAACACACAACCUAGAUUGAACUAAUAUUUGCAGCUAAUAGGUACUUGUUAUCUCUAUUAAGUACCAGACCAAAGCGAUCUCAUGGUCUGCCCGUGUAUUGUGCGUCCGUGCGUGGAGAUGCGAGCAUCGGCUGGGCUGGUGUGUCUGGAUGUGAAGGGACCAAUUGUUCAGGGUUGGCCGCGCUUGGCGUCUGAGUGUCAAGCAAGAAGGUGCACGCGUCCGUGCAAUGUUCACCAAGUAAAGUGUGGGGAAGGUAGAGCAAGCUUGUCAGCCCGGUAGCAUGAGCUUUCGUCACCUGGACCUAAUUCCUCGCCGUCGUUGCUGUCUUAGAGCUCCUUUCCGAAGCCCCUUGUUUUGCGGUUCUGUCCGAAGUAAGCUUGCAUACUACCUGUUUCUUAGGCAGUUUUGUCGGACCACGUCGCGUCGCUUCUCCGGUGGAUGGGUGCCAUCGCUUAAGUUACAAUUAGGGACCGGCCUAUAGCAUUGCCAUGUUAUGUUGUGGUAUACCAGACCGAAGCGAUUUUAUGGCCUGCUCUAAAGUUGGGGCUUGCUUGUGGUCAUGCGCCGUGCGGGGAAGGCUAGGAAUUUUUUCCUAGUUCGGAAAGAUCCGCAGGGGGAAGGCUUAGGCCGGGACCAAGAUAGUCAACCAAUGCCCUGUCACAUGAAUACACUGCAGCCAAAACAUUCGGACUUGCUAUGUUUUGCUGCGACUAGGUGAUGCUGUCUAAACUCUGCCUCUGGUUGUUAUUAGUAUGUUAACAUGCUGUUUGGUGCCUUGUGUGUUCCUUUUCCGUUCCUACAGCUGGGCCAGGAGUAAGGAGGCGGAUUAUGGACUAUGACGGCUGAGUUCAGUAUACUGUGCUGCGCUGUUUAAGUGGAGAAUAAGUUGUCUGUGCUAGUGCGUUUUAGUUAUUCAUAGUAGUAAGGACGGGCUCCUUAUCGUCGCCCCUUGCUUCGUCUAGUUUCCCUCAUUGCGUUGGCUACUUACCCUUGCCUUCGCUAUGUUUAUUCCAGUGUGCCCAUGUUGGUCUGCCUAAGCGUGUUCCUUGAGGCCUAGUUGCGUGGAGGCAGGCAGGCAGCGACCUAGAAGGAUCAUUUUGUCGGACGGAGCGAGAAGGUGGAGGUUGUUUCCUACUAGUUGCUGUGGCCUGUACGUUGAGGACGUAUGGAUUAAUAUAAAAGGAGGAGUGCUUUGCUUGGAUAGAUUACCUAAUACAUGCAGACGCCUAUCCUGGGUGUAAUUCUGCGACUGGACGCGAGACUUCCGUUGUUUCUGGCUACCAGCCCUGUUAACGACUGAUACGUGCAGGCGAGAUCUACUGCUUUCGCAAUCAUUUAGUUUAGUUUUUGUCCUGAUACGUUUGGACGAGCGGCAGUUAGGAUACUGACCUGGGUUGGACCAUUCACCGACUACUACCGCCGAUUUAAGGCGCUGAUAUUACUCCUUUAUUAUUGAAGCUGUGUUCUACACCUAUAUACGGUACGUUUAUUUGCGACGCUGUCUUUCGACGCUUUGGACUUGCUGUCAUGCCCCGUUGACGGCUCGUGCAUUUCGUGGGCAAGAGGGUGUUCUCGGCUUGUGCACGUGUUCUCAUGUAUAUGCUUGGGAUUGGAGUGCAGUGUCAUGCACUGGGUGUGGUUCGUUCGCGGUCUGGUUGGUACGGCGUAUCUGGCAUCUGUGCCGUACAGCCGUCAGUCCUCUUAGGUCGCGCAGCCCCCAGACUCGGGGCUGCGCUCUGCUCGCAACAUAUGCAAGGAUGUAGGACGGUGGUCGUUGCCCUUGCAUGCGCGCUUUAGCGUUGCCAUUGUUACUGGUUGGGUGUCC